AGAUUAGCCUUUUCUUGGACAAAGAAGGGUUUAUUGAUUGUAAUGUUGAAGUUAAUCAAGAUAAGCAAUACAUUGACAAAGCCAUCACAUGGGGUUUUAUUCUUUUCAAAAUGCAGUAAGAAUCCUGACACCUCUGUAAUUUCAUGCAGUACAUCUCCUGAUGAGCUUAGUUUGGCCCUGAAAGGCAAGAGUCUGAGAGGCCCGGCAGUUGUGCUGCGUGACACUCACAGGAAACUCAAGAUGGAAUGGCUGCAAGAUAAAGCAUUUGAUGAGAUUUGGUCACGUCACACCAGCGACACUUCGCUGCUCACUGACUAUGCUGCAGCCGUGCUUGCACAACAACGGCGCUGGGAACAAAAGAAAGUGAGAUUUAUCAGGUAUAAGGUAUUGAAGAGAGAUUUGUCAGGUGUACUAAUUUGAAGAGAAAUUCAUUAG